GAUGGCAGUAGAGUUUAGCAGUUCGUAUCGUGCUUUUGUAGGGAAUUGCGUUGCAUUGUCCGUCUAAUAUUGGCUUAGGAGGGCAAUCAUGGACUGCAAGGGAACUAGUUGGCUGAAAAAAGAGAAGAAUGAAGUAUAUGCUGAACCAGGCUCCUUGGUACAGUUACACACAUCGAUCAUGAAAGUAAAAGAAGAAUUGGAUGAGCAAGUGGACCAACAGUGUCUUGAAGAUAACUUGGGAACCUCUUGGCCAAAUGAUUUUAUCAAGGAGGAUCCUGAACUAAAUUUGGAGGUGGAUGAAACUGAGAAUACUGUGGCAGCUUCAUUAAGAAAUGCAUCUGAUAGUUUAAGUUUAAUUCAAAGUGCUGGUGACAGCUGUGACAUUUCAUAUCAAGAAACAUUACAUCAAGGAGUAGUCGAUGACAAGCUGGAGAUAGAUGCAGAGAAGUCAACAGAUUUCAGUAUGUCUUAUAACUAUACCAAAAUACGGACUUCACAAGAAGACAGCUUAUGUGGCACGAGAUUAAGUUGCAGCAUCAGGGAAAAGGAAUUCCAUAAGUUUAACUGUAGUUUCUGCCUACAGAGCUUCCCUUCAAAAUACAGACUCAUAAUGCAUGUCUUCAUCCACAUUGAUGGUGUGCAGGCACCUUCAUAUGUUUGUAAGUCAUGUGGUGAGGUAUUUCCCACUGAUGACUGCCUGAAAGAACAUUUGAGAAUGAGUGGGGUCGACCAAGCAUUAUCUGCUGCCAACAGUGAGAAACCUGAAUGUGGUGAUGACCGUGAAAACAAUAUCUCCUUGGAGUGUGUACGAGAAGGAAUCGUGGAACAUUCUGAGAAGAAAUCUUCAUCCACGGAAACCAAGAAAACUUUAAAGAAAUCCUUUAAUGACAUACAUAAUACAGGUAAUGUUACGAAAGUUGCAGAGAAACUCGAAAGAUGUCAUGACGAUGGAAUUUUAUGUAAAAGUGAUAAUGCUAAUGUCCACACUGUGCUAAAUGCAAAGAGAAAUCACAAAUGUGAUGUAUGUGGUAAAUUCUUUACUCUGUUACGUAAUCUUAAGACACAUAGCUUAAUACACUCAACCAAGAGGCCCCACAAAUGUGAUACUUGUGGCAAAUCUUUUAAUGUAUUGCGUUAUCUCAAGAAGCAUGUCUUAAUACACACUGGUGAGAGACCCUACAAAUGUACUCUUUGUGGAAAAAAAUUUAUUUUUUCUGACCGUCUCAAGGCACACGAAUUAAUACACACAGAAAAGAGACCCCACGAAUGCGAUGUUUGUGGAAAAUCGUUUACUCGGUCGGGCAUUCUCAAGACGCAUUUGUUAAUACACACUGGUAAGAGACCCUACAAAUGCACUGUUUGUGGAAAAUCUUUUAUACAGUCUGGCAAUCUCAGGUUACACGAAUUAAUACACACAGGAAAAAGACCCCACGAAUGUGAUGUUUGUGGAAAAUCGUUUACUCAGUCGGGCCAUCUCAAGAAUCAUUUGUUAAUACACACUGGAAAGAGACCCCAUGAAUGCGGUGUUUGUGGAGAAUCAUUUACUAAGUUAAGCCACAUGAAGAGGCACAUUUUAAUACACACUCGUACGAGACUUUUCAGAUGUACUGUUUGUGGAAAAUCUUUUACUCUGCCCGGCAAUCUCAAGUUACACAAUUUAAUACACAAAGUAUCGAGACCCCACGAAUGCGAUGUUUGUGGAAAAUCGUUUACUCAGUCGAGCAAUCUCAAGGUACACGAAUUAAUACACACUGGUAAGAGACCCCACGAAUGCGGUGUUUGUGGAAAAUCGUUUACUCGGUCGUGCCAUCUCAAGAAUCACUUGUUAAUACACACUGGAAAGAGACCCCACGAAUGCGAUGUUUGUGGAAAAUCGUUUACUCAGUCGUGCCAUCUCAAGAAUCAUUUCUUAAUACACACUGGAAAGAGACCCCACGAAUGCGGUGUUUGUGGAAAAUCGUUCAUUAAGUCGAGCAAUCUGAAGGCACACGAACUAAUACACACUGGAAAGAGGCCCCACGAAUGUGAUGUUUGUGGAAAAUUGUUUGCUACGUCGAGCAAUAUGAAGAAGCAUAUUUUAAUACACACUGGUACGAGACCUUACACAUGUACUGUUUGUGAAAAAUCUUUUACUCAGUCUGGCGCUCUGAAGGUACAUGAAUUAAUACACACGGGAAAGAGACCUUAUAAAUGCAGUCUUUAAGGUAAAUAGUUUCCUUAAUGGAGCAGUCGCAAGGAACAAUAGUACACACUGAACAGAGACCACACAGAUUCCAUGUUUGUGCCAAAUCGUUUUCAGAACUGGGUCAUCUGAAGGCUAAAUUAAUACACGCAGGAAUGAUCCCGUACAAAUGUGAUACUUGCUGCAAAUAUUUGUCUCACUCUGUUAAUCUCAAGAAAUAAUUUUUACACACCGGUGAAUCAUCGUACAAUUGUGGUAUUUGUGGAAAAUUUUUGAUCACUAGAGUAACCUCGAGAUACAGUUAUCACUAUACACUGACAAAAAGUACUGUUGUGGUCAGUACAUGUACACAUGUUGAAAGAAGACUGAGUGUUAUGAAUAUUGCUCAUACGUGCUACAGAGGUCACAAAAAUGAGAAAUCCAUUUUUUGCAGCUUCACAUUGGAAGAAGUUGCAUGCAAAAUACAACUUAUGAAGUACAGAAUUGCAAUUUUUUGUUGUAAAUGCUCCAUGCUCUAAUGAUCUGGCUACCACAAAUUGAUGCAUUGAGAGAGAUCUUUUACUCAUGAGUAGAAGUUCCAUGCAGUAGGCAGAUCCCCAUAUUCAAGAGAAUGUACCAGUAUGUUACUAAAUAUUUCAAAGAAACUGCCAUUUCAAUGUUCAUGAAGCUGUAUGCACUACCCAGGCGGCGACAAAUAUUUUUAUUACAUACCUAUCACUCAGGCUAUUCAACUCAACAAUGGAGAAAUAUAAAAAAUGUCAUGAUUAUGCAAACAUGUUACUGAGGUAAGCCUCCUUAAUGGUAAUGCUAUUUGUGUGAUCAACAAUCUGCACACAUGUGAACUUACUAUGCUAGUUCUACAUUAGGAAAUAGCUGACGGUGGCAAGUAUGCAAAGAUAAGGCAAAAAUUAUAAUCUGUGUAGUAGUGUUGUGAUUCACCUUCAGACUGCAAUACAACAGUGAUUCUGUAUGGUAUGGAGUCAUUAAUUCUUUGUUUUCCAGCAGUAAAUUGGACUUCAUGCGUACACACAUCUCACACAGUUCCCAUUAAUUGUAGGCUAUCGGUUUGUUGCAGUGUAGUUCGUGUGCAUUAGCAUCCCACAUUCGUUUCAUCAUGAUCUGAUAUGAGACAAGCUUGGUCGGAAAGACAACAGUGUGGGUGCUCAUGCUACUCAAACCAUUGCAGUGUGAUUCUGACCUUGUGAUUUGGACAGUUAUCCUGCUGUAAGAUGAUGUCACUCUCAGGAAAUACAUGAAGCAUUAAGUGAUGCAGAUGUUGCAAUAAUGUUAAUGGUCUCCACAUCUGUCAUCGUGCUUUCAAUUAUGACCAGCUAUUUCUUGGCACCUCAUAUGAAUAUCCCCCAUAGCAUGACAUUGCCUCCACGUUCCUCCACCUGUUGUGUGGUGCAUGUAUUGAACAAUUGUUCAUCUGGAUGAUGGGAUGUCUGGGCAUGACCAUUGACCUGGUCCACAAGAAAUGUAACUUAUCACAACAUGUGACACAUCUUUAUAGGUAUGCAGUCCAAUCUCAAUUAUCCCAUUUCUAUUGAUAUUGUAACCGCCAAUGUUGUUAGAUCAACAUGGGAGUACAAAGCGGUUGUAUAUCUUGGGGCCUCAUGUUGAACAGUGUCUGCUGAAUAGCUUGAAACUCUUCAGCCUGCUCAAGCAUUUUCUCCUGUCUACACAGAUUGUCAUCUAUCCCACUGUACAGAGCAGCUAGGUUCUGAUCUCCUUGUUCUAGAUAAUGCAUGGGCAUCCUACAACCUUUUGUCAAUUUGUGGUUUCACCAUCUGUCAACGAUGUUCCAUAGAGACUCAUGAUAGAAGCGUCUGAGCAGUCAACCAGAUUCGCUGUUUGUGAGAUGCACUUACCCAGGCACCAGGCAAAACCAUCUGCUCUUUGGCCAGAUUAUUUAUGCCACUUUUUUUUACACAUACUGUAAAUAGAAUGAUUACCCAUUCAUGUCUGGUUAUAGUUUCAUUACUGUGUGACAUAAACACAGUGCCACUGGGUAGGACACACUCCUCCUAGGGAAGUGGGCAUAAUCAUUUGGAUCAACAGUGUAUCUUGACACAGAAGGGUCUUUUGUGUAGUAAUUCAAAUUUUCAUGCUUUGUUAAAUUUUAUGCCAAUGCACUAUUGUCAGUUUAAGUGACACAUUUCAUGUGAAAAAUAUUUUUAUUUCAGAGCUCUGUACAUAAUUCUGAGUUAACAAAGAUUAAUUUUAUGCCUCAAAUCUUUUAAUUAUUUGUCUAUUUUUAAAUAUCAUGUAACUACUGUACAAACAUCAGUGGGAAAACUGUCAUCAUGUAGUGUCAGAUAAUAAUUCCAAUUGUUUGUAUAAAAACAAGCACACUUGAAAGAACUCAGUGUGGUUACUAGAAUAUGAAUUUAAUCCAAAUGCAUAAUUUUUAUUGUAAUAAGUUAAUUUAUUAAAUGCGCUUUCUUUCUAA